AGAUAUUUUCUCCCUCCUCCUCUUUCUGUCUCUCCUGCUCCUGGAGGAGGACCGCCUCGGUUUCUCCCACCAGUCUGAAGAUCCAGACAUCAAGUUCUGCACCUGCCUGGAUGUCCCUUACAGAGCAGAGAAAACAACAUUCAACAAAAUGAAUCUGAAUAUCUCUUCACACAUGCUGCUGUUUCUCCUCUGUCUCCUCGUCCCGCCGUCGUCCUCGACUCCCCACCAUGAGUCAGAUGAUUCCAAGCUUCUCCAGAUCACCAUCCCCAGCUCUCCACCCGUGAACGCCGUGUUGGGGGGUUCACUCACCUUGCCCUGCCUGGUGUCGUUAGCCCACCCGCCGCCGUCCCCUUCCACUAACGGGCGCUACGCCGUGUUGUCCGUGCCCCGGGUCAAAUGGAGCGUUCUCAGUGACGGAGAAGAGAAGGAGAUCCUGGUGGCCCGGGGCGAUAAGGUCAGAGUCAGCGAGGCCUACAAAGAAAGAGCCUCGCUGCUUAACUACGCCUACUCCCCUGCAGACCUCACCCUGCGGCUGGAGAGCCUGAGGAAGAACGACAGCGGCUUCUAUCGCUGCGAGGUGCAGCAGGGGCUGGAGGACGCUGAUGAAGUGGUCCAUGUCAAGGUCAAGGGUGUGGUGUUUCAUUACCGUGAUGCAUCCAGCCGGUACGCCUUUACCUUUGAGCGUGCCAAAUCAGCGUGUGAGGACAUCGGGGCUGAAAUCGCCUCCCCUGAGCAGCUCCUCGCCGCCUAUCACAGCGGAUACGAGCAGUGUGAUGCAGGAUGGCUCUCAGACGAAUCUGUCAGAUAUCCCAUUCAGAUGCCAAGGGAGGGCUGCUUUGGAGACAUGGAUGGCAUGCCGGGAGUACGGAACUACGGACUGGUAGGGCAUGAUGAGCUCUAUGACGUCUACUGCUAUGUGGAGAAUAUUCAGGGUGAGGUGUUUCUUGGCUCCGCCCUCCAGAGCUUCACCUUCCAGGAAGCCAAGGCCCACUGUAUGAAUCAUGGCGCAGAGCUGGCCACCACGGCUCAGCUUUACGGAGCCUGGAAUGAUGGACUCGACCACUGCAGUCCAGGAUGGCUGGCGGACGGGAGCGUGCGGUACCCUAUUGUAAUCCCCACAGAGCGCUGUGGAGGAGGUGAACCUGGCGUGAAAACCAUCUAUCGCUAUAGCAACCAGACAGGCUUCCCUGAUCUCCUCUCUCAUCAUUAUGUCUACUGCUUUAAAAGUGAAAACGGCCCUUAUACUGAAUCCCCCCAAGAGGUUCGUGCCACUGAGCCAGAGGAUAUUGGCCAAGACAUUGUUUUCCAAACCACUCAGGGAGAUGCCAGCUUGAGUGAAGAAACGCCAGAGGAGAUAGUAGAGAUGCACCAUGCCCCAACAACAAAUCCAGUUCAACCGGGCCCUGAAGUUACUUCUCAUAAUUUGACGACCCCGUCUGACCUGGAGGAGACAUUCUCCACCAGUGUGAGCUGGGAGCUAAUAAAGAACGAGAGCUACCCUGAUUCAUAUCAGCCAGCACCUGAAGAAGACCCAAACAAAAAACACGAAGCAUCUCCUGUACUCUUUGUUACCAAUGAGAACCUGACGACACCAAUAACUUACACCAAAGCAUCAGGAAGCUCCGUACCCAUAGAGGAUCAUACCUUUGAGACAGUGAGCGUUGAUUGGUUACCUGUUAAUGUCACAUCUGAAGGUGAUUUGGAAAAAAAUGGUCAUGAGGGGAGUGAUCCGCCCGGUCCAGAAGAGGACUAUACAACAGUUGUCCCUUGGAAAAGUGUCUCUGUAAUUGAACCUGCUGUGUCAAUAACACCACAGGAAGAUCCCACUCACACUGAGGGACAGAUUCCAACUUUUACAACUUCAUCCCAAACUGAGGAAGCUCCUGUUUCCGAUCUGUCCCCAUCUUCAGCUGGCAGCACAACUGUGAGUCCAGAAGAGGUUUCCACUGAGGGGAAUUCUUAUAGUCUCGAGGAGGAACCAGAGGACUCUAUGACUUCUGGUUUGAUGGAAACUGAGACUUGGUCCACUUCUAAAUUGGUCACUACAUUUGACUCAGGUUAUAACUUUACCCAGAAGCCCUCCAGUGUGCCAACAGAAGCAGCUCUGCAACUGAACACCAGUGAUGAAAAUACAAACAGCACAACAGAAUCUGAUGAUUCACCACAGCAGAGUGGAGACAUGCAUCCUGCAGAGUUCCCAAAUCUAUUAGGACUAGAACCACCUGCUCUUCCUGAGGUAGAUCCCGUGGAGGAGAUUCAGGGUAACACCGACCACGACAUGUUAGAGGAAAACUCAGAGGUCUUCCUCAACACCGUCCCCACAGUAACGGAGGACGUUACUGAGACCAAAGGGGACCCCAAAGAGAGAUCGGAUGAAGGUUCCUCAGAAGGAACCCCACAGAUUAAUCCUCAUCUCGUCGUGACAAACCCAACUCCCUCAGAGGACCCCACCACUGCUGGAAAUAUCAGGGAGGAUGCCAGCGAUGCUCCUCCAAUACCAGAGAUAAAAAUCACUCUGAUUCCUCAUCUGAGCCUGACACCCAGAUGGGAGCAGGAGCCUUCAACCCCGACCGCCCAGGAGUCUCGGUCUGAUCAGGAAUACAGCGCAGAGCCUCCCGUCAAUGAGAUCGCCAAGGAGCAAGAAUUUACAACGGAUCAAGGAUCAGAGGGAAGUGGAGGAGAGCCCACCACAGCCGAGCCCCAAGUUCACAUCUGCACAUGGCAUCCUGAAGAAGAGCACACUUCCGCUCCAGCACCUACUGCUGACACGGAUGCGACGGUCACCACUCCGACUUUAGAUCCUAAGGGUUUUAAAGGAGAUGAAAGGGAGGAGACAGCCAUGGGUCCGGCUCUACCUGCAGCCAAAGUUCCCGCUGCAAGCCAAGGAGACUCCUGUCUGCAAAAUCCUUGUCUAAAUGGAGGCACUUGUGUCGAUGGUGAAUCAAUAAGCUGCGCUUGCUUGCCUGGUUAUGGAGGAGACUUGUGUCAAAGCGAUGUGGGGGAGUGUGAACCAGGCUGGGAGAAGUUUCAGGGCUUCUGUUAUCGUCACUUCAGCAAGCGGCAAAGCUGGGAGACCGCGGAGCAGCACUGUCGAAUGUGUGGCGGACAUCUUCUUUCUGUCAUGACUCCUGAGGAGCAGGAUCACAUCAAUGAUAAAUACAGAGAGUAUCAGUGGAUUGGACUAAAUGACAGAACCAUUGAAGGAGACUUCCGCUGGUCAGAUGGAAACCCGCUGCUCUAUGAGAACUGGUACAAAAACCAACCUGACAGCUACUUCCUGUCUGGGGAGGACUGUGCGGUGAUGGUGUGGCAUGAUGGCGGCCGAUGGAGCGAUGUGCCAUGCAACUACCACCUCUCCUACACCUGCAAGAAGGGUGUCUCAUCCUGUGGAGAGCCCCCUCGGGUCCCACACGCUCUGGUGUACGGGAAGAAGCGCUCGCGCUAUGAGACCAACAGCAGGGUUCGGUACUACUGUGAGGAGGGUUUUAUACAGAAGCUGAAUCCUGUGAUCCAGUGUCUGCCUGGAGGCCACUGGGAGGCGCCGCAGAUUACCUGCAUACCAACUCACACAUUGAGGGAGGAUUCUCUGACUUCCCAGCCUGACCAGAAUGAGGAGCUCAUGAAAGCAGCUACAGAAAAAGCAGCACAACCCUCCUGGCGUCUUAAGUGGAAUGAUUAAAGGCAUCUUGUCCUUUAAAAGAGAAUAAAGAUUUAAAACACCAUCUCCCCCUGAUUUUAUUUUUUCUAAAAGGCUCCCAUUGAAUGAUCUCAUUAGGGUUGAUUGUGUGAGAGAAACAAAUUCAACCGAUCUGAUAAAUACGUCAGAAUGUUUUUAAGAUGGUUUUGAAAUGUUAUACAGAAAUUAUUUUUAUGUAUAAAAUCAAGUAAAAAUAUCAGUAAUUUGCUGGAUCUAUUAUCUGGAUCUAUUCUGUAAAAGUAUGACACAAAACAGCUAAUAAAUCUGCUACAAAGGAAUAAUAAAAUAUUUGAAGAAGUAUGAGAUUCCUCCUGGUAUUCUGUUUAGAAAAUGAAUAAUAAAAACAGCUGGUUUACAUUAUCAGUGAAACUGAACCUGAAUAUUUCGUUUUUGGUAAAUCCAAUAAUGG